ACAAAACAAACGGAAUUAAUUAUGGUUGUAAUAGACGUAUGACAGAGAUGGAUUGAUUGAUGAAGGAUAGAGAAGUAUAUCACAUCAGCCUAGUCCAGGAACAUCUCAUAUUUCCAGCACGAAAUAAGAGGAAUAUAUUUAAUUACCAGGUGAGAGUGCUGAUUGAAGAAGGGAGACAACUGGUGUAGUAAUAUUAAAAUGGCUCAGAAGUAUUUAAUGGCCUUGGAUUAUGUGGACCUUCAUGCCAACUUGGUGCUCAAGAAACAUGCAAAGCAAUCUAAUGUUGAAUUUAAAAGCCAAGCUGGUCAGAAGCGUCCACUUGGUGACAUAGAGACAAAGCACAGAUACACACCCACACAGCCCGUGUUGUCAUGCCGCACAGUCGACAUAGACGUUAGUGGUACACGGACAUACAGACCGAAAUCGUCUGCUGAUAUCAUCAGUGAACAACAUGCGCUCAUACACAAAAUAUACUCAAAAGCAAGAAAUAUAGCAUCAGCUCCACCCAGGAGAUCUAAGACGCCAAGGAAAAAUGCCACCAAUGACAAUAACAGCCAAAACAAGGAAAAUAAUCUCAAAUCAGUGGAAGUUCAAGGUCGGCCAUUAACCUCACUCUCGCAGAGACCUUCCGAUCACACAAGCACAAGAACAAACACUUCAAACAAAAGACCAAAAACUACAGGUCAAAUAAAGAACAAUAAGACAGUCCAUGACAGUUUUAUGGUAGUACAUUCCGAUCGUGAGUUGAUAGAAACACGGAGAUCAUAUCGCAGUCUUACUGACAAAAUACAUAAACACUGGGACCCGGAAAAUCACGAUUUGAACACCGGUACAUACCAACGUGGGAAGAAACCUCCAGGUGUGCCAAGUGUAGACUCCUGGUUGACAUUUAGUGGAUCACAGACGGAACAGUCACAGGGAAUAGUUGAUGCUUUCGCAGAGCAUGUGCUUGAAUCAUUUCUGGAUGACUCGGAGGAGAGUAGCGACUCUGAAACGGAAGAUUUGGAGACUGCGGGCGAUUAUUACAAUGUCGAGGGAGGUGUAGGGAGUCGUAUAGCCCAGCAAUUACAAAAAGGGGACAAAAUCAGGAUUGGUAUCAAUGGAAGUUUACAAUCCCUUGAUUUGAAAGUGAAAAAAUGGAGCAAAGAAGAUAGUUACGUAAAACCAAGUGAGGAUGAGGAAUGUAAGGAGAAUAUGGCAAAGAAUGACAACAUGGUGAUACCUCUCUCCUGGGAUGACCAGGUUCAAGUCUCCGAGGCCAGAAUCCUCACUCCAAGAGGCCCUCCAGCUGAUAAAGCCAGUCAGAACAUGUGCACUUCAAGACCAGUUGUGUUUACAAAACUACUGCCAGAUGACCUCAACUCAGUGAAUGGUCCGUCAUUUGCUGGAAAGAAAGAGGGUUUCCGAGUGAAACAACGCAAGAAAACAAAACCAUGCAUAGAUGGAAAAGAAAGGGAUAAUAAAAUUACAGUUGUUACAAUAGACUCAAAGUCGGAGGAAGAAGAACAAAAAAUUGAAAGUUUGACAGUUGAAGAAGUGAUAAAACAAAACUGUGAUGGUAAAAAUAACGAGAAACAAAAUGGCCGCCAUGACGAUGGUGAAAAACAUUCUGUUACUUUCAGUUUAGCAGAGCCUGAUGGGCGUGGACAGGAAGGUUUGUAUAGUCCUAGUAAAGUGAGCAUAGUUUCUAGUGGCAGUAGUGAGCAGAGACAUCCGAAAGUUAAACCGUCUCAACCAACAUUUAGUACAAAAUAUCAGGAAGUUGAUCUUGACAUCAUAGGAACUCUAAGUGUGCCAAAUGGCCAGAGACCUUUGUCAAGUGAAUCUACAGGAAAUCCUCCUAGCAUUUAUAGUAAUAAAUCGCUGUACACUCCGAAACAAAGUCAAGGUCGAGCUGGGAGUGCGCGUAGUUCAAGGAGUGGGUUGAAAUCUGCUAAGUCAAGUCAGAGGUCACUUGGUACAAGUUCUUUGGUAAAUAUGACGGGAUACAGGCAGAAUGAAGCCGAGUAUAUUCAAAUAGCAACUCCAGUGAAGAAUCCAAAUCCCGCACAGCAGAAGAAAGUUUCAGAGUACCCACCACAGAGCAUGUCCAGUGAUAUGCCACGAGGGCACGUAACAUAUUCAGGAAUCAGAGAACCGGUACCCUCUCCUGAAUUAGAGGUAGAGGAUGAAAACAUUGAAAAAUCUGAAGAUCCACAGCCCCCAACUGUACAGAUAAAGACUGUCAGUAAACCCUCAGCACAGGCACUGUCCAUCAGUAUUCCCACUGGAGAAUUCACCGAUUCUGCCUUGAAUUCACCAACACGUGGUGCAGGUCCGGAUGCCUCACCCCGGGUUAGACGUGCCAAAGAUAUGCGUGAUGAACAAAUUGAUCAGAUCACAACACUCCUUGUGGAUGCUAUCAUAGGUCAGAAUGAUGAUAAAACUGCCAAAAGUUAGCAAGUUCUUGGUGUUGUGUAUAAACAGUAUAUACACUUACGUUUGAAAGACUACAAGCAAAUGUUGUGCGUGUAACAUACUUCUAAAGAACACUUUAAUUUAAAAAAAAAUUAAUUAACUUAAAUAAUGUAACUCUUCAAAUGCGACAUGGAAUGGAAUUGUUUGAGAUUGAGCAAAGCUUGUUUUGCAAUCUAUGCUUUUGCAACAGUUUCUUGGAAUUGAGCCUCUGCCAUUAAUAUUUUGCCAGUAACGAACAAGAAGGGAUCCUUCUGGUAGCUAGCAUGCUUUAGAAGCAAAAUUACAGUUGAAGGAUAACCAACAACUUUUGAAAUUAGUGGUUUAUCUUUUUGUAUCCCAGCUGGCUAACUUUCAAGAUUUUCAAACAGGCCAGUCAGCAAACAGGUUAAAUUGCCAUCGGCUGAUGAGACAGAUUUUCUCAACGAUAAUGCAGCAAAAAUGUCUCAGUUUUCCCCUCUAUAUAUGUAGGAAAGUUGUCAUUUCAGUGUGGAGAACUAAAUAAAACUGUCAGGUUGAUUAACUUGUCAUCAAAAAACAGCAGCAAAUUAAGUUACUGAUAAAUUAAACAUUUUGCGAGAAAAAACUCGUUGAAUUUGGUCAUAUCUGCCUAUUACGACAAAUGUGAUGUUUUUAUUUUGAAAGUUGCUCUGUAGAAAGAGUUUUGUCAUUUCUUUGUCAAUGUGGCUAUAUUGUCUCUUUUGUCAACUCGUGAAUCAUGAAAGAAUUACCUAUUGAAUUUAAUAGUUGUAAUGUUAGGCUUAUUUUUUCAAGAAGUAUAUAUUUAUAGAAUUAAUGUAGUUGUAAUCAGAACUGUAUAGUUAUAUUUUGGCAUCGUCAGGUGAUGCUGUAAGUGAAUCUCUGCAUAACUAAGCCCUUCAGUUGGUCAUUUUAUGACAUGGGCAGAGUAGUAAAACUUUAAGAUUAUAGUAUUAAAGUAUGAAUAGUAUAUAAUAAUAAUGUUAAAGUGGCAUUAUGCGCAUCUUACUGCACAUAGUGCGUUUUUGAUGAAUAUUUUAUAAAAGACAUUUUCGGUUGCUGUGCAUUUAAAUGUGUUAAAUUAAGAAAUAAUAAAUUCCCAAUCGAGGUUUAUUGUAGAAUAACCCGUGUUUUGAGUUCUUAUGCGUAAGAAUAUAUCACGAAGGCCAUAGGCCUGAGUGAUAUAUUGUUUUGCAUAAGAACGAAAAACUCUGGUUAUUCUACAAUAAAUCACACUUUGGAACUUGUUAUAUAGAUUUUAACACAACAUACUAGUAUCAACAGUGUUAGAAAAAAUGAUAACUUUUUACGACCGUGCUACGCACCUGGAUUGGAUGACAUCAUUGCACGCGCGUGGGUUAUUGUAGAAUAACCAGAGAUAGAUUUUGCUCUACAUGUAUGUAGGUUAUUUGCUGGUCGUGUUAGAAUUAAUAAUGCAUAAGUAUUUGAAGUUGAUGCUUUAGAAAUAGUUCUUUUCUUCAGUCUUAUACGCAGUGAUCUCCCUUACCCUUAGGUAGAGAUUUCUGAAGUUGAAGGGAAGCAACUCAUGCAUGCAGUUUGACUUUUCUUUAAAAGACUGCCCCAGUCAAAAUAAGAAAAGUCAUAUUUGGACAGUUCUAAUAUUUCGCACUGGUAACAGGAAGAGUUUAGUAUUUUGGGUUAAGCUAUAAUUUCCUCCUCCUGUUUUACACACACAUCUAUUUCAGCUGGAUAUUUACUUGAAAAAUGUGCAUAAUUCCACUUUAACAGAGUACCUAUGGGUCAUAGAUGUGAUAAAGUAUUUUGACACUUUAUAGUGUGUGUAAAUAUUGUGUUAACAUGUUAACCAGCGAAAAGAAUCUUUUUUUUUUUUUAAGUUUUCCCUAAGUUCAUCUUGGUUUUCGAAAUUGUUUCUUAACUAUUUGGUGCAGUAGCUAUUAUUCCAGAUUUAAAACUAUUUAACUGAUUUGCAGCCUGUAAAGUAUACACUAUGUUUGCAGACUUUUUGAAGAAUUUGGAUUCUGUAAAUAUUUAAGACUUGUGUUAAUACACUCGGGUACAGACAGAAAGUGUCACAACAGCAUUUACAGGAUUGUGCUGCCGUAUGUAAUCUUGAACUACAGGAGGAUAAGGAUUUCUUUAUUUUUACCAGUCAUAGCUUGAAAUAGGAAAUUCAGUUUAUGUGUCAAAGUUAUAAAUAUUUGUUAUUUAUUAUCAUUUUUUGCAUUUAAUUCUGUUAAAUUUGGUAGCUUUAUGGUCUUUGUUGUUUAUUUUUGUCUGUUGAUAACUAUGUUACUGCUUGUCUUCAAAACAAUCCCUACAUAAAAUCAAUGAUUUGUUCCAAAUUUAAGUUGUUUUGCAAAACAGGCAAUGAUAUAUAAUCAUGCAGAUUGCUAAGAAAAUUUAUGCCAAAAUGAUUUUUAUAUGUGAGCAACUCAUGGACUAUUUUAUUGAUAAGAAUUAUAUUAAAUAAAUUAAAUAAUGUUGAACUUGUUUUUGUUUAGAUAUAAAGAAGAUAUAUAUACCACAUGACUUUCAAGGUAAACAGCUUUUGAACAUAGUUUACAGAUUAUUGGAGUUUUCUUGAAAAGAAAUACUUCCUAAACUCAGAGGACUUCAUUAUUUCUCGUGUUUAUCGAGAGUUCAUAAUUCCAUUUCAUGUUAGUAUUGUUCUAGGGUGCCAAACUGAAACUGGUCUGCUUAAUUAAACUUACCAGAGGUGACCAUUUUUACUGUCUCAAGAAAGACAGGAGCCAAAGUCCUGAUUGAUCAUUCAGUAUGAAAACAUCUAUACCAGUUUUGUCUAUGUGUCUUUUUGCCAUUGUAACGUGUCAAAUUAUGUUUUACUUCAUUGUUAUGUUAGCAUUUUUCACUUGUUUUAAGAAUUCACAGACUUUUUUAGUUAAAACUGUACAAAGAUUAUGGAGAGCUAUCCUACUCACCCCAGUGUCUGUUCAAUAUCCACAAACACAACUUGGUUGAAAUUUUGAUGUGCUUUCGAUUUGCCUUGUUUUUACUUGAUGAAAUUGUUUGUUGUUCAUCAUCAUCACCCACAUCAUGUUACUCAAGGGUCAUAACUCUGACACCAGUUUUUCAUGAAUUAUGCCUUAGAACUUAAAACUUAGAAUUUCAGGUUAAAGUUUUCACUCUGUCUGAAUUAGAUCCAAGCUAGUUGUUGUUUCAUGUAAUCAGCAGAAUCAUAUGACAUGAACUGCAUUACUCUGGGAGAAAUAUCCCAUAAAUUAUGUCCCUUUUAUUCUCAGAAAGUCCUUUUUAUACUUAGAAAUUCUGGUGUUUGUUUUGAUGCACUUCCACUCUACCUCUGUCUUUGCUAAAAUUAAUGGAUGUGUCCCAGACAACUGUUAUCCCUUAUCAUCAUCCAACAUAAGGGGUAUUAAUCACUCCAGUGAUAGCUCUAGUUUCCUCAGACUAUCAGGUAUCGGAAUAGUCAAGCACACUGUCUUCUGUGACUGCUCUUAUUAAAAAAAGUCUAUGUUUUAACCUAAAGACUGUGAUAUUGUUAGUAUUUUAUUUUGUUUCAGUUGCUCAUACCAAUAUAUCAGACUAUAGUCAGGGUUGUGUUAUUUAUAAAUGUAAUACACACAGAAUUAAUUUUGUGUUAUUCUUGUUUUAUGUGAAAGCAGCCAAAUCUGUGUUAAUUGUCCAGGUAAAACCAGCACAUUUUCCAGGUAAAUAUUCACAUUUCCAAAGCAGCCUCAGAAACUGUUUUCAAGAUUUUGUAUUAAUCUGCCAAAAUUCCAUAUCAUAUUUUUGUAUGGGCAUAUCAGUUGCAUUUCUAAGUGGUCAGAUAAGAUUUUUAUUUUCAACUUUAUAUUUAACUUUUUCUUGAAAAGUAUAAGAGCAAUAGUUGUGAAACUUUGUACACUUGUUUUUUUUGCCAUUAAUUGAGUAAAUAGACCAAGAGCCAUAACUUUCACUUGCAUUUUGUCAGAUUGAUGGUCCUUUUUGUACUUUGGAAUGAUGUUAUAGGUAUAAAUUUCCGUUUAGGCCAGCUUUUCUUGAGUACUAUAAGAGCUAUAGCUCUGAAAGUUUGUACACUUGUUUGACAUCAUUAGUUGAGUAUGCCAAGCACCACAUUCCCAUGCAUUUUGUCAGAAUUAUGGCCCUUUUUUACUUAGAAAGUAUUAGUUUCUUGGUUAAGUCCACUUUUCUUGGAUACUAUAAGAACAGUAAGUUGGAAACUUUGUACUUUGGUUUAUUAUGAGUAGGUUAGUAAGUAGGUCAAACACUGCGGUUCUCUCUCUACAUUUUGUGAGGAUUAUGGCCCUUUGCAUCUUCAAAAAUUGGAAUUUAUUUGGUUCACAUUUUUUGAUAAUAUGACUUUGAAAUUUUAUAUAUUUUUUAUCAACAGAAGGUGUGUAAGAAGGUCAAGAACCAUAACACUUUUUUUUUGCAUAUUUUAUUAUGUGAGGCAUUUACAGACCUGUGUUGUCACCCUCAGGCGAUGCUCUUUUUGAACCUUGUCUUUAAAAUGGCAUUUGCAAAUUUUUAUACCAAUCUGACUUGGCAGAAAAGCUAGUAGAUCUGAAACUAGGAAAAUGCAGUAGCUGAAACCAUAAGAAAGAGUUUCGAUAAGUUUAGCAUGUUAUUUAUUUCUGACUUCUGCAUAAAUUACAGAUGUGUUCAUAAACCAGCGAUUGGCUCUCGCUGGGGUGUUUGUUCUUUUAAAAAAAAUUUGACAAAAAAAGCUUGGCACUUAGAAGACAGUUUUCUCUGAAACUUCUGCAGAAGUAAUAAUUUUUGUCACUACUUAUAUUGCUUAAAACUUUAAUCACUGAUAUCAUGUUGAUCUUGCACCUACCAACAAGUAUGGUGUCCAGUAAGGGACAUGUAUUCUUUAUGGUCUGUAUCAGUAUUUUUUAAAGAAUUUUGUUAUCACAGUUUUAUGAUCUCAAAGUUACGUUUUAAUCACGUUUUUAUAGAACUCAACACACUUUUGCCUGGCACGCUGGUGCAUAAAGUUCUGGCUUUUGCUAUUUGUGCAUAUCUUCCUUAGAUAAAGACUUGAAAUCAAAAAUAAAAAUAUUUGAAAUUAUAUAUGAGCCACGCCAUGAGAAAACCAACAUAGUGGGUUUGCGACCAGCAUGGAUCCAGACCAGCCUGCGCAUCCGCGCAGUCUGGUCAGGAUCCAUGCUGUUCGCUAACAGUUUCUCUAAUUACAAUAGGCUUUAAAAACGAACAGCAUGGAUCCUGACCAGACUGCGCGGAUGCGCAGGCUGGUCUGGAUCCAUGCUGGUCGCAAACCCACUAUGUUGGUUUUCUCAUGGCACGGCUCAAUUACAUUGCAAAUACCAUUCAUAUGAACGGUCGAAAGUAUAUCUGUAAUAUAUAAUGGUACUUAUUCAUAACCAGUUUUAAUAAUCAAAUGAUUUUUUGGUAAACUUUUAAUUCAUAUUGAAAAAAAAUGAAAUUGAUAGCAAAUAAUCACAUGUUGUAAUACUUAUAUAAGUAUUUAUAUUGUAUUUAUGAAACGUUUGUUUACAAGGAAUAAAUAUUUUUGUGAUA